GCGAGCGGGCGGAGUCGGGAGGGCCGGGCCCGCGGGCUGCGGCGGCGCUGGAGUUGGCGGUGGCGCUGGUGGAGGCGACAUGCAGGCCGACGCGAGGCUGGAGCGCGGCAGCCGGGUCCUGACGCCGCAGUCGGCGCCGAGCUUGGAGCCGGACCCGGAGCUGGGCCCGGACCCGGAGGAGGACGCGCGGGCCCGGGCCAAGUUCGCGGCGCUGCACGGCCCGGCGCUGCGCGCGUCGGGAGUCCCCGAGCGGUACUGGGGCCGCCUACUGCACAAGCUGGAGCACGAGGUGUUCGACGCUGGGGAGAUGUUCGGGAUAAUGCAAGUGGAAGAAGUGGAGGAGGAUGAGAGCGAGGACGAAGCGGCCCGGGAAUUGCGGAAGAAGCCCAACCCAGGUGGCGAGCUCUGCUACAAGGUCAUUGUGACCAAUGAGAAUGGGCUUCAGGCGGCUGACCCCAACAGCAUCUUCCUUAUCGACCACGCCUGGACGUGCCGCAUGGCGCACGCCCGCCAGCAGCUGCAGCAGGUGCCCGGGCUGCUGCACCGCAUGGCCAACCUGAUGGGCAUCGAGUUCCACGGCGAGCUGCCCAGCGCCGAGGCCGUGGACCUGGUGCUGGAGGAGAUGUGGAAGUUCAACCAGACCUACCAGCUGGCCCACGGGACGGCCGAGGAGAAGGUGCCGGUGUGGUACAUCAUGGACGAGUUCGGCUCGCGCAUCCAGCACGCGGACGUGCCCAGCUUCGCCACCGCGCCCUUCUUCUACGUGCCCCAGCGGGUGGCCUACACGCUGCUUUGGCCCCUGAGGGACCUGGACACGGGCGAGGAGGUGACCCGGGACUUUGCCUACGGAGAGGCCGACCCUCUGAUCCGGAGGUGCGUCCUGCUGCCCUGGGCCCCCGCCGACCUGCUGGACCUCAGCUCCUCCACGCCCGAGCCACCCGACGAGCACUACCAGGCCAUUUUGGAGGAAAACAAGGAGAAGCUGCCAGUGGCCAUCAACCCGGCGGUGUAUCCCUGCGACCACGUCUUCAAGGUCUACACGGACAUCCGGCAGGUGCUCAGCCACCUCACCCACCCGCGCUUCACCUUCACUCAGAGCGAGGCGGACGCCGACAUCCUCUACAACUUCUCGCACUUCAAGGACUACAGAAGGCUGAGCCGGGAGAGGCCCAGUGUGCUGCUGAACCAGUUCCCCUGCGAGAACCUGCUGACGGUGAAGGACUGCCUGGCCUCCGUUGCGCGCCGGGCGGGAGGCCCCGAGGGCCCGGCCUGGCUGCCCCGCACCUUCAACCUGCGCACCGAGCUGCCCCAGUUCGUCAGCUACUUCCAGCAGCGGGAGAGACGGGGCGAGGACAACCACUGGAUCUGCAAGCCCUGGAACCUGGCCCGCAGCCUGGACACCCACAUCACCAAGAGCCUGCACAGCAUCAUCCGGCACCGCGAGAGCUCCCCCAAGGUUGUGUCCAAAUACAUUGAAAGUCCCGUCUUGUUCCUUCGAGAAGAUGUGGGGAGGGUUAAGUUCGACAUCCGCUACAUCGUGCUCCUGCGGUCGGUGAAGCCCCUGACGUUGUUCGUCUAUGACGUGUUCUGGCUGCGGUUCUCCAACCGGCCCUUCGCACUCAACGACCUGGACGACUACGAGAAGCAUUUCACUGUCAUGAACUACGACCCAGAAUUGGUGCUGAAGCAGAUGCACUGCGAUGAGUUCGUCCCGGAGUUUGAGAAGCAGUACCCAGCAUUUCCCUGGAAGAGCGUCCAGGCUGACAUCUUCCAGGCCUUCACGGAGCUGUUCCAGGUGGCGUGUGCCAGGCCGCCCCCGCUGGGCUUCUGCGACUACCCCUCAUCCCGGGCCAUGUAUGCCAUCGACCUCAUGCUGAAGUGGGACAGCCGUCCAGAUGGGAAGCGAGUGAUGCAGCCGCAGCUCCUAGAGGUGAACUUCAACCCAGACUGUGAGCGGGCCUGCAGGUGCUACCCGGCCUUCUUCAACGAUGUCUUCAGCACCUUGUACCUGGACGAGCCUGACAGCUGCCCCGUCACCCGCCUUGUCUAGGCACCCGCUGGCCCUUCCGUGGGUGCUCGUGGGUGGAUCGCAGCCUCGGUUCCCGGAGCUGCUUCUGCACCGUGCCCCCACCCCGGCCUCCGCUCCUCCUCCCCCCGCCGUGUGAGCCGUGGCCCCAGCUUCACACUCUGGGGGCUCGGGGGCCCCCUCACUGCCGUCUGUGCGGUGAUUAGUCUCAGCUCAGCCAAGGGCUUUAUUCCGGAGAGUUUGGUUCCUGGGGUGCUGUGCUUCCAGAGGGCAUUAGUGAAAGGGGUCUGGGGAGCACGCCGCGGUGUUCUCAGAAACGAGCUUCCCUAGGAGCGCCCAUGGUAGCCCAGCAGUUAACAGGCCCAGACUGGCUGCUUCCCACACUCCACCCCAGGCCUUGUGACAGGCGUCCCCAGAUCCCCCUAGGAGCCUGCUUCUCAGACCCAGCCUUCUCCCCCUUCACCAGCAACCUCCCUCGAGGCCCCAGGGCAGGACAGCCACUGCCUUUGGUUGCCGUUGCCUUUCCAUUUGGCCCCGUGGAAAGGGCCAGAUGUGGCACCAGCACCUCCCCGCCCGCUGGGCACUGCAGUGUUUCCAGCCUCGCCUGAGGUUGGCUGGGACGCUCCAGUGAGGGGACUCGGGGACAGGUGUGGGCAGCAGAGCACCAGGCAGUGGGCGGCUGAGAAAGAUGCUUCCAGGGAGAAUGCCAUCUUCCACCGGCUAGAGUCAGAAUGUGGGGUUUUUGUAACUUUUUCAUUUAUGGGAAGAAAAUACAAAAUUUUCAAGCUUAAUUUUGUUUCUGAAAUUUUGAGUCAGUUUCCAGGGUAGUUUGUGUUGCCACAGAGUACCCAGCCCAGCUAACCAGACGGCGGGUCUGACUUUCGUGGAGGAGCUGCCUGCAGAGCUUUCAUGUGUGUGUACAUGUGUGCGUGUGUGUGCAUGCAUGCGUGUGUUGGGAGGUGCUUGUUUCAUUCUGAAGCCAAGAAUGAUCCUUGUAGCAAAACUGGACUUGACUGCACCUCCCACUUCCGUGUCUUUUGGGGUGUGUCUGUCCACUGUCUCUGCUAACCAGAAGUUCAGCUUGUGUUCUGGGAAACACCCUUUCCUCCAGCCAAGGAGAGGUUUAGAGGGCAGGACACCUCAUCUCUGGUUUUCUCUGUGGGAGAGCUGCUGCGUCCUGUCCCCUCCUGGACUUGAUUUGUACCGCAAUAAAGUAUGCCUUCUCUA